AUGCUUUUCAAAAUAGUGAUUUACCAUUUCAUCGAUAUCGUUUAUAGUAAUGUGGCCAUUGGAAAUCUUCAUGUUCCCGAAACACAACAAGAAUUAGUGGAAGAAUGUAUUGUAGAUAUUAUUGCGUCAAAAUCUCUGCUCAACUCAGAUAUAGCUAUCAUUAACAAUAAUAUUGUCACCGCUGAGUUGAUUCGGAGGAUUCACGAAACCAGCAACGUCAAGCUUUACGUAAAGAAUGGUGCCGUGCCGGUCGCUAUAUCGCCCAAUAUUUUUAUAAUAUUGGGCGAGAACCUAUCGUAUAUACAAAAUCUAAUUGACUUUGUGAACAAGGAUUUUUACCGCAAGCCAGAGGCCCUAUACAUCAUAGUUGUAUCAGAUACUACUAAAGAUGAUCUUGUACUAAUAUUUCAUACACUAUGGAAGUAUCAUAUUAUACAUACCCUUAUCAUUGUCAGAGAAACAAAUAAUUACUCAUCAAUAUAUUCCUAUUUUCCAUAUGCAGAAGGUGGUUGUGGCCGGAAUUAUAAUAGUACAAUUAAAAUAAGUGAUUGCAAUAGUGUUAAGAAAUCUGACAUUAUGGACUCGAUACGUGAAUAUGGUAUUCCUAUCCUCCAGAAUUGUAUUUUACACGUAGCAACUCAUAAUUAUCCACCACUAGUUAUAUCGGAGGUAGAUCCGGAAAAUGAGUUCGCUGUAGGAAUAGAAAUGUUUUUUUUGCACAUUUUGGCAAAGAUGGAAAAUAUUUCUUUAAAUUAUGUAUUUUUUCCCGAAUCUGAAUUUGGCCAAGUAUCUGAUAAUUUUACUGUCAAUGGAAUAUUAAGGAAAUUAUAUGAAAAUGAGGUGGAUAUGGUGAUUGGGGGAUUUGCGUUGAACAGUCGACGAGCGCUAUUCUUUGACUUUAUAUGGACCCACUUUGCGUAUGAAGAUAGUUUUGUUACUGUGACUCCUAGUGCCGGUCUUGAAGAACAAUGGAAAAUUAUUUACUUAGUGUUUAACCCACUGGUCUGGCUACUAUUACUAUUCAUAUUCUUACUUUGUUCAUUUCUUCUUUCAAUUCAUGAAUAUAAUUACACCGUACUAAAUAAUAAUAUAUCUUCUGAACUUCUUAAUCUAAUUGGGAAUUGCACACAAAACAUUCCAUUAAGUCUCAAAGCAGAAUUAUUUAAAAACUUCAUUAUUGUUCAUUGGAUAUGGUUUGGGUUUAUAGUAAAUUGUUUUUAUCAAACUAAGCUAACAAGUUUCACAACAUUCCGAAGCAGCAAACCACAAUUGAAUGAAUAUAUGUCUUUAUAUGAUUACAACUUUACUCCGUGUUUCUCACUAGACAUAGCUCCUUUUAUGAAAAGCUCUGGCCAAGUUCCUAUUAUACAUGAAGAAUAUUUAGAAACACUGGGUUGUGAAACUGCCGAUUUAUCUAUGGAUAUGGUCGCAAAAACGCAAAAUAAGUACACAGUCACACAUUACUAUCGAUACCUUUGGUGGAUAACUAAAAAUCCAACGAAAAAGGCACAGAUCUAUCUCAUGAAAGAAAAAUUGUACAACGCUGUUUAUGCCAUAUUUCUAAAACGCGGUUUCCCUCUUUUAAAAGAUUUUCAACUUAAAAUUUUGCGCUUAGUUGAUAAUGGUUUUGUGAAUGUUGCUAAAAAAAUGCACAUGGUUGAUAACAAUGCAACACCGCACUCCAAGAAUGAUAAAAGAGGAUCCAAUCAAGAGUUCAGUGAGCGUCAAGACGGUGAAGAAGACGACGAAGAAUCACCACCGAAUGAAAACGGUGGUGAAGAAGGAGAUGAGGAGGAGUCCGGCGAAGUGCGUGAGGUCGUGUCGGCUGGCGGCAUUGUAGAAGCCGCCGUACACUUGCAGACCCGCCGUUUCGAUGCUGAAAUAAAGAAAUGA